AUGGGUGUUCAGAACAGCCGCCUGCCGGACCGCCCUGAAAAUUUCUCAUAUUUCGUAGUCGACUUUCAGCAACCUGACACGCUACGCAUCGUAUGGGCGGAGCAGAGCUGUGUGGACAUCAUCAGCCAUGCAUUCGUUCUGUUUUGGAAGAUGGGCAUCCAAAAGUGUGGCUGGAAUUCCAAUCGAUAUUUCCUCAUCAAGUUGAGGGGAUUCCCAUUCUCCCAUGGGGACCGCGAAUGUGCCAUCCAAGUGAAACAGGCCUGUUGCCGCAUUCUCAGUGACCUCUUUGCUGCAGGCUGGCGUCUUACUCUGUCUACUCACCUGUCGCUCCACCGAAGUCUGUCAACGUGGUUCUUCCAACGAAGCGAAACCGACCAUAACCUCAUUACGCCUCACGUUAUGUGCCUGAGCAUCAGUAGCUGCGAUUCAUUACAACUGGUGAACGGCAACGAAGCGAUGCAGCAGAUUUUGAGAGAAGAAGUCGAGUCAGGAUAUCCAAAGGGUAUGAAGGCAGAGUACAAAGUCAGCUACAAUUUUGAAAUUCAACUGAAUGGCUACCCGUGGAUACGACAAGAUACUCCGGACGGCAUCAUGGGUCGAAAGCUUCUUCUGCAGAUAUUCCGAAGAUUUAGUGUGCAGUCGAUCGUCUUUUAUGGAAAGAUCAAUUUGAAAGUAUGUUCAUUUCUUUGUAUUUUGAAUAAUCGAAUGAAGUUAGCGCCCUGUGAUUGCCAAAGAAUAUUAUCAUGCACUCUGCCACACAGCACCAGUCUGUUAACUCGCUUUCCUUGAAA